GGGCGCGAGUCUGAGCGCGUACACGCGGGCAGGAAGAGCCGCGCAGAGAGUCAGGUAACACGGGCAGUAACUGUUCAUGAAUGGAGCCUGACUCACAGGCGGCUGGAUAUUAACGAUAAACGAGUCUUGAGAGCUGGCGACUGGCCGAAGGGGGUUUUCCUGUUGAAAGGUUUCGUUAGUAGCGCAAGGGUGAGGUGAUGCCUUUAAAUGUCACGGUUUUACUGUUAGCCUUUUAGCCAUGCGGAUAUGCUGUGACUAAAAACAAGGACUUCAACUCACUAACAGCAACUGCAGACACUCAUAUUUAGAGGGAGUUAAAGAUUGUGCUGAGAUGCCACAGAAACCAAACUCACCCAGACAGUAUCAGACUAGACACACUUGAGCAGACAGGUGGCGGUCCCACGCUCUACACAACACCCGGCUGGACCUCAAAUCAUAUAUUAGGAGGAUUUGAUUGUUACGUUAAACACAAGCGGCACUAACGCAGGCACAACCAGGAGCAUCUUAUAUAAGUGAGGAAGCUCUCCUGCAUCAGAAGUGUCGUCCAUCCUCACUCAUUCACAUUCUGGUGGUUCGACCCACUACUGUCCUGCCUGACCGGUGGUGGUGUUGGCCAGACAGCAGGCACUGCCAUGCUCCAGGCGUAAGUGCGUGUCUCCUGGCAGACUCAGGCGUGGUGGGCUGCCGGUUGGUGACUGGCUUUAGGAGGUGAUGAAGCUGAAGCAGCGUGUGGUGGUGCUGUGCGCUGUGCUCUUUCUCCUCGGCCUGGCCAAGGUCUUCCUGCUGGAUGGAGGGGAGGGAUCAGCCACCAGCCGCCGUGACCUCCGGGCCUUCCGCAAAAUGGAGGCCAGCCUGGCCCUGGCCAAAGAAGCUCGCCUCACGCACACCUUGCAGUCGCCCUGGGAAGUGGCCGCCCAGUGGGUGGGCCCACGGGAGGUGUACCCAGAUGAAACGCCAGAGCUAGCCGCCGUGCUGAACUCCCUGUCCACCGCUCGUGUGGAGAGGGCUGACGUGGGCUAUAAAGGCACCCAGCUGAAAGCCCUGCUGGUGCUCGAUGGAGGACAGAAAGUGGUAUUCAAACCCAAGAGGUACACUAGGGAUUAUGUGGUUGAAGGAGAGCCGUACGCAGGGUAUGAUCGGCAUAAUGCAGAAAUCGCUGCUUUCCACUUGGACAGGAUCCUGGGUUUUAGAAGAGCACCCCUGGUGGUGGGGAGGUUUAUGAAUUUGCGUACAGAAAUUAAGCCAAUAGCUACAGAUCAGCUGCUGAGCACUUUCCUGAUGCACGGAAAUAAUACAUGUUUCUAUGGGAAGUGUUAUUACUGUCGUGAGACUGAGCCUGCAUGUGCAGAUGGAGAUGUGAUGGAGGGAUCUGUUACCCUGUGGCUCCCUGACGUCUGGCCCUUACAGAAACACAGACACCCAUGGGGACGGACAUACAGAGAGGGCAAACUCGCCAGGUGGGAGUAUGAUGAGAGCUACUGCGAGGCUGUGAAGAAAAUGCCUCCUUACGAUGCUGGUCCACGGCUCCUGGAUGUUAUCGACACAGCCAUCUUUGAUUACCUAAUCGGAAAUGCGGAUCGCCAUCACUAUGAGAGUUUCCAGGACGAUGGAGGAGCCAGUAUGCUUAUCCUUCUGGAUAACGCCAAAAGUUUUGGGAACCCAGCUCUGGACGAGAGGAGUAUUCUUGCUCCUCUUUAUCAGUGUUGCAUGGUCCGGGUUUCCACCUGGAACAGGCUAAACCUGCUGAAAGGUGGAGUAUUGAGUUCAGCGAUGCGACAGGCCACGGCCCACGAUCCCGCGUUUCCGGUGCUAACAGAGCCACAUCUCGCCGCGCUCGACCGCCAUCUCAACGGAGUGCUGGCCACUGUGCGGCAGUGCAUUGAGACGCAGGGCGCCGACAACACGCUGAUCGAGGACCGCAUGAACCUGCCUCAUCCUUAAACACAGUGGAGAAACAAGAGAAGUGAAGAUGUGUUUGACUCUUAAUGCACAGGCUCCUUUCGCCUUCCUGUUAUGGAGCCAGAGAACAAGAGGCUACAAGAAGCCUUAAGAGCCGACCUGGUGGAGUUUGUUUUUCACUGGAUUCAUUCAAGUCAGAGACCGUGAAGACUCUCCAUAUUGUUUUUUCUUGCUCUCUGGAUGGAGUGAGGAGGCUUUGACAACAUGUAGGUAGUGUAAACUUCACCUGUUUCCAGGUAUUGGAUUGCCUUCUGGUUCACUCUCUUUUUUUUC